UUGUGUUUGUAGAAAUAGAAAGUUUUCAAUAUGGUAAGUUACAUGUCUAUAUAAAUUAUAUAAAAGUGUACUACAUUUCCUUAACAUAUAGGACUAUAUACUUCCAACUUAUCAAUACAUAUACCCAAGUCUUUAAAAACAUUUUCACAUUGUAUAAGAAAUAAAUUAUAACAAAAAAAUACUAUGAUCAACCACAGUUGUUUCUUAAUUUUAUUAAUCUUAAUAUGGUAUUGGAAAUUAGAUGCUUUUACAGGUCGUUGUAAACCUGAAGGAGAAAAUUGUACCAAAACAAUAUUUUCACCAUGUUGUGCAAAUUCCACAUGUCAACUUCAUGGAUUAUUUAAAGGAGUUUGUGUAAAAUGUUUACCUGAGAAACAUUUGUGCUUAUCCAGUAGUGAAUGUUGUACAAAAUUAUGUAGUUGGUUUCGAUGUAUAAUGACAAAUUAGAUAUAAACUGAUUCAUUCAUUUACAAUUGAUGAAUAUUCUUACACAAGUAAAUUGACUAGUAAUCUACCAAAAAAAUAUAAGUUUAAAUGUUCUUAAAACUUGUUUAACCACAAUGAGUUCAUUUAUGGUUAUAUGACACUUAAAAACACACUGUAAUAAUA